ACUCUACUUAUUACUGGAUAGCAGGCUGUCUCCGUGCAACAUACAAUAUCUGCGGAUAACGCCUUGGCACUAUAUUCAGCUGUCAAUAUUGUUUGAAAUAUACCAGGGAUGUAUGUUGCGAUGUAUACCAGACUUCUUGCUUUCGCUUUAUAUGUCCUUUCGGCAGCAGCAGCCCCUACGAUCGAAAGGAAAGAUACCAAAGAUCCUGGUGUCUUCGCAGAACUUCACCGAGCCGCUCAGUUGUCCUCGGCUGCGUACAGCGAUUGCCAAAAUCAAGCUUUCGAUGUUACGAUUACCAAGCAGCUAGAUGAUCAUGAAACAGGCACUCAGGGGUUUAUCGGGUAUUCUACCACCAAGGGCCGCAUUUCGGUGGCCAUGCGUGGAUCAACGAGCGUCACGGACUUUGUCAAUGAUCUUGACGUAGAUCCAGUGACUCCAACCCUCUCCGGAGUCAGCUUUCCCUCAGGUGUUCAAGUCAUGAAGGGAGUCUACGAUCCAUGGUCUUCCGUCCAUGAUACCGUCAUAUCUGCCGUCAAGGACCUCGUCCAGAAGUACCCCAACUAUACUCUAGAAUCCACUGGACACUCUCUCGGUGGCGCCUUGACAUACCUAUCUUACAUCGCGCUGGCACAGAACUUCCCCGACAAGGACGUUACGAGUACCGCGCUGGCUGCGUUUCCGAUCGGUAAUCAAGCAUUUGCAGAAUUCGGGAGCUCUAUCAAUGGCACUUUGCGCCGUGGGAAUAACCUCAAUGAUGGUGUACCAAAUAUGUAUGUGGGUUGGCCUUUCGACAUGGUACACUACGGAACUGAGUUCUACAGUUCUGGAAACGCAGAUACGACCUUAUUGUGCCUAGGUGAGCGCGACGAUGCAUGCUCUGCAGGAAACGGCGAGUGGGGACCUACGCUUCCAGGACAUAUAGACAGCUUUGGUAUUACCAUGCUUCUGGCGGGAUGCGGGCAGUGACUCUUUGGAUAACCAGUUGUCAUCUGGAAUGAAUGUUAUUGUUAGAGUCUGAGCCUUUAUUUUUAUAGUUUUCUCAUGAUUAUCUUUCCGUCCGAGAUUUUGCAGUUGUGAAGUACUUAUGUUUUAUGUAUAUAUAUAGCUGCUUUAGGUACAUGAUGAGAAACUUCCCAGGACAGACAGUCU